AGCUGAUUUGAGCUCAUCAUUUUCCAUUGCUCUUCAAUGCUAAGUUCUUGGGGAAAACUUAGAAGAGUAUAUAAUAGGUCUCUGCUGACUGCCAGUUAAGGACAUUCCUUGGGUCUGCAGAACGGACAGCUCAAGGGGGCUGGAGAAGGGCAGGCAGAAGAUUCCGAGGAUUUUGAGUGCUGAGAGAUUUGCUGUUUUACAAUGGAUCCUUCUGCAAGUCCUAACCACCAGACUUCAACACCCAAUGGAAAUAUCAACUUGGGACCUUCAGCAAAUCCAAAUGCAAGACCAACAGACUUUGAUUUUCUGAAAGUGAUUGGAAAGGGGAGCUAUGGAAAAGUUCUCUUGGCCAAACGGAAGUCUGAUGGAAAAUUUUAUGCUGUUAAAGUCUUACAGAAAAAAUCCAUCUUGAAAAAGAAAGAGCAAAAUCACAUCAUGGCAGAACGUAAUGUGCUCCUAAAGAAUGUGACGCACCCUUUCCUGGUGGGCCUCCGCUACUCCUUUCAGACUUCGGAGAAGCUCUACUUUGUCCUAGACUACGUCAAUGGAGGAGAGCUCUUCUUCCACUUGCAAAGGGAACACUGUUUCCUAGAACCUCGAGCUCGAUUCUAUGCUGCUGAGGUGGCCAGUGCUAUCGGCUACUUGCAUUCUCUGAACAUCAUCUACAGGGACUUGAAACCAGAGAACAUUCUCUUGGAUUGCCAGGGCCAUGUUGUGUUGACUGAUUUUGGACUUUGUAAAGAAGGAAUGGAGCCAGAAGAAACCACAUCUACUUUCUGUGGCACCCCAGAGUAUUUGGCUCCAGAAGUAUUGAGAAAACAACCUUAUGACCGAACAGUAGAUUGGUGGUGUUUGGGAGCUGUUCUUUAUGAAAUGCUCUGUGGCUUGCCACCUUUCUACAGCCGAGAUGUUUCUGAAAUGUAUGAGAAUAUCCUUCACAAGCCUCUCCAGAUCCAAGGAGGCAAGACAGUGGCAGCCUGUGAUCUCCUGCAUGGCCUUCUCCACAAGGAUCAGAAGAAAAGGCUGGGUGCCAAAGCAGACUUUCUUGAGAUAAAGAAUCAUGUCUUCUUUAGUCCAAUAAACUGGGAUGAUUUAUAUCACAAGAGACUCACUCCUCCUUUCAACCCAAAUGUGGUGGGGCCAGCUGACUUAAGACAUUUCGAUCCAGAGUUCACUAAAGAGGCAAUUUCUAGCUCUAUUGGACAAACACCAGACUUAACAACCAACAGCUAUGGGGCUUCAAGUGCAUUUUUAGGCUUUUCUUAUGCACCUGGGGAUGAGAAUUUUUAAAACUGCUAUUAAGCCCAGGCAUCACCUCGAACAAAGUGCUCAUGCUAUUUGUCUUUUGAGUCAAAUUGCUCUAUCCAAAAAUGGAAGAUAUGAUAAGUAUACUGUACAUGUCCCAAUUUUCUCCUACUGACCAUACAGUACUCUUAGGUGCUACAUCAGAAUGGUAUUCAUUUGAUGGGAUAAAAUUCAACCAGAAGGAAGGAAAGAACAGAGGAAGAAAGGAAGGGGAAAAAAGGACAAGGUGGGGUAUAUAAGGCCUACUAAGGAUUGGCCUUACCUUAGUUAUGGUGUCAAUAGAUGGGCUACCACCAUGAUUUAUCAUCUCUUUUAGAAACUUGUUGUUGUCAUUUCCCCUAAUAGUAGUCAAGUACUGGAUGACUGAUGUAUAAGAUGCUCAUUUGCAGACCAGAAAACCAAUUUAUUAAUAUACAUUAGAAAGGGGAGGGCUAGGUGGCUCAGUGGAUUGAGAGCCAUGCCUAGAGAUGGG